AUGACAACACAGCGACCGCAUUUGCGACGCUCGGAAUCUCUGGAAGAAAUUCAACGUGCAGGGCUCUUCCGUUGCACGCAGCCUUCAAAAGUGCUUGCAGGCUUCGGGAUCAUUUUCGAAACAAGGUUGCUUGGGCUGUUGGAAGCGAGCAGGUGCCAUGCGCGAUAUCCGACCAUUGAGCAGGUGCAAGGGGCAGGGGCCCACUUGUACAACAACUCGAAGGAAACCAAUCACGUAGAUGUCUUCAUCUCGCACUCGUGGAGUGCUGGGCGCUGGGCAAAAUAUUUGGCACUUUGCCUGUUUUUCAAUUUUUCAUUGGCCAUCAAGAGCCCUAAACCGGAACCAAGUGUCUCUCCC